GGCAUAUAUCGUGCGUGUGCGCGUGUUUCAAGCGUGGUUUAUCUUCUGCCUGUCUUUGUGGGGAUUGACAGACGGAGUUUAGAGCGAGGCGUGCACGUACCACAUGAUUGCGUAUGCCGCCCAGCCCAUUCAUCUGUCCAGCCUGAGGUGGCUACUACUACCUCUCAUGACCUCUUUCAUUUCCUUGAAGCUUCAUUUUAUGUUCUACUGAUUCAACCCUCCCUUUACAAAUACUUCUCUAUAGGACUUAUACUUUUUCUUCUUCUGCGGCUACCUUCGACCAUGUAUUGUCGAACUUUGGGCCUCAGUGCCUCUUUGGCGCUGGUCGCUAACGCUCUGAUCCUGCCACCAAGCGCCGCUUUCGAAGUUACUGAUGCGGCAGAAGUCGCUAGUACCUUUCACAUUGACCCCAAUCACCAGUUCGCAAAGUUGGAAUGCAGGCACUGUCCAUAUCCAGAGACACUGAACCGUGCAGAUGGAUCUGGGAGAUGGACGUACAGCGUCGAGAAUUCGCUGAUUUUCGAGUUCAGUACUGGAACAGAACGAGACUCACUAUCUAUCAACGGUGCCCGGCUAUUUCCUCCUGUCUUUGGCACUGUACCUGAACCUAUGUAUGUUGAUCAAAUCCCGAACAACAUCGAGGUGUCCACAUUCAUAAACGCCGAAAAACACGAUGCUGGUAUUAAGCUUCAGGUUACUGGGUACGAGUUUCGUUUCGAUUCCGCCCAGACUAUAUCUGAGAACGGUAAUGAGCUCCUCCCGAUGACUCUCAGCAUCCACUCGGUCGAGCAUAUUGCCAUUCCUCCGCAGACUAUACGAAUAUUCCUUAUCAAGGAUGUUGAAGGUCAUCUGGCCAUCGUGUCUGUUAAUCGAGCAGAUGAAACAGAUCAUCAUGCUGAAGAUCAAGGGUCUCAUCCAGGGUUGGGGGAGUGUCAUAACUGGUCAGUGGUGUGCCAAAUCAAGGCACUGCUCAAAUCUAAGAAACACGGAUUUGCGGCAUCACCUAACAGACCAGGCUGUCCUAAGAUGAUGGGACGUCCACACAACAUCAAUACCCAUGAGACACGUCCACCAUACAUGCACGGAAAGCCCCAUCAUACUAUGCAGCCAACCCAUGAACACAGCGGGGAUCACCGUCACCAUCACCACCACCACCACCACCACCAUCGCCACGGAAAGAUGUCUCACUUUAUGCACAUGCUAGGUCGGACUUUGUUCAGAGUGCUUGUGCCAAUCCUAGUGGGUAUUGCUGCUGGCCUUGCUACCUACCUUGUCGGCAUGGUCAUCGGUAUGAGUGUUGCCUUGAUGUGGCUCAAGAUACGAGGUCGAGGCUACCAACGAGUUCUUGCCGAUGAGGAAGAUGUUGCUGAUAACAUGAUCAAGCAAGAGAAGUCUGCCUACAUUGCCGAAGACAUUGCUGAGGUUGAAGGCGAAGCUCCCCCAGCUUAUCACGAUGUUGAAGAGAAGGAAGUUGUUGAGGCAGACAAUGGUGCGAAAACUUGUCGUAUCUAGAACUGAGCUAGCCGCUGAGAUGUUCAAUUCUCGGGUAAGUGUUUCCAAACAAGCGACCACGGUCGACGUCCCUUGCAACGGUGCUUGAGAUGCGUUGUACCAGAGAGGAGAGAAGCGUAUUCACACAGUAGACUACAUUAAGCAAGAAUGAAUCUGAAUCGGGGUUUAUCAAUAGCGG